GUUCUCGGGUAUGUCAUGAGUUUGCUGAGUCGGCUCAGAAGGGGGGGCGGGGACGCCAAUGUCGCUCGAAUCCAGAGGCGAAGGGCUUUAUCGGCGACCCUGUGGAAAAGGCUGCCAUACAUCAAAGUAACCCUUCUGGUUGUCGGUCUGCUAUGGAUGCUUCUUAUACCUCUGCCUAUGCUGAGUCAAGGGACGUAUAUUGAUGAGAAUGCACUUCAGCCCGGCCAGGUUAGCACCUAUUGGGACUGGAACGAUGUACAUAGAGCCGACAGAUACCUGGAUCAAAUAGACGAGUGGAUCCGGAAUAAUAUCAGCAGCAGCGAGCGGGCAGACCUAUUGGUCACUGAACUACAUAAGCUCGGCCUUCCAGCUGCAAGCCAGUCUUACAAAUACAGGAAAGGUAGUGAGGUGCGCACCAUAGAGGGCGUCAAUGUCUACGCGGUCUCUUCCUCACCUCGAGCCUCCGGUGCCGAAGCCAUGGUCAUCAGCGCUUCCUGGCUAAGCAGAACAGGGGAGGGUGACGGUACUAUCAAUAGUCGGGGUGUUGCCACUGUCCUAGCGUUGGCUGCUUUUCUCAAAAAACAUGCGCUGUGGGCCAAGGAUCUUAUCUUUGUUAUCAGCGACGGGUACAUGGAUGGUAUGCAUGCAUGGCUCAGUGCAUACCAUGGCUCGCUACAAUCCAACCUGCAGGUGGAACCCUUGACUCUCUCCUCGGGUGUUAUAUGGACGGCCUUGAACAUUGACUAUCCGGGACAUUCAUUUUCACAUCUUGGCUUCUUUAUAGAGGGCUUGAACGGUCGCCUGCCAAACCAGGAUCUCAUUAAUUCUUGCCAAAUCAUCUCCCGCUACACUGGUGGCGUCCCGAUCUUACUAUACGAUCAUUUUGAACCGAGUGAAUUCCCUAGCAAGGAUGUGUUAGGCCUCCCGCCUUGGCUGCCAAGCGUGGUGCGGGACAACAACGACUUCAAGGAGUUCGCGUAUCGGGCAAAGAACGUCUUUCGACACGUAGGCUACCAGGCACGAGGAAUGGCUAGUGGCGUCCAUGGCUUGUUCCAUCAAUUCCGCAUAGAUGCUAUAACCCUCUUCGCAGAACCCGCACCAGGUCCACAUGGGUUUCAUGCGAUAGGCCGAGUCAUAGAGUCGUCGCUCAGGACAACGAAUAAUCUCCUCGAGCGCUUGCACGCCUCGUUCUUCUUCUAUAUCAUGACCAGCCCCUACACAUUCAUGAAAAUCGGGAUGUAUCUGCCUAGCGCCAUCUUGAUCAGCGUGUCAAUGAUGUUCGGGGGAAUCUCAGAGUGGAUAUCGGCGGGCUGGCGUCAAUUGCCCCCCGAGCAAGCCGACGCGAAGGAUGAGAAGACUCCUCGUCCGCACAGUGGUGGAAGAUGGACGCGUCGUUCGAGGCCUGUACUUGCAGCUCUUUCCAUUGUGCUGUACACACACGCCUUCGGGCUGGUAGUCUUCCUUGCUCUCACGAAAUCGCCUGGACUGGACACAGCAACCACACUACCGCUGUUCCUUCUCUACCUUACCUCACCAGUCCCCGUUAUCUAUUCACUCUCGGGACAAGCGCAGACGGAGCUGAGAACAGCCAUCCGCAACGUCCUGAAGUCCAUAAACCUCUGCAUUGCCUCAACUGUCAUUUCAGUGACAUCAGUCCUCAAUUUCUCCUUGGCAGCAAUAUCUGCUGUCUUGCUGGGCGUUCCGUUGACUCUUGCCUCAUCGUCUCCCGAGCUGGGGGUUCGUAUAGCUACGUACCUCGCAUACGCACUACUAGGCUUUGGUUGGAUGGUCUUUCUCCAAGAAGAGGUGCGGAAGGCGAUGUGGAAUUGGGACGUUCUAGGUAUCUGGUUUGCGCCGUUCGUCUGCUUGGUUUAUGCACCUCUAGCUCUGCAAGGGGGAUUGGUCUGUCUGCUAUAG